UCCUGCGGCUGUCCGAUCCCAGCGUUGCGGAGAGCGCCCUGCGGGGUAGGCGACCGCGUCGGACUCGGCGUGACGCGGGGCAGCGGGCGAGCCGGAGUUCCCCUGAAUGCUGCGUGGGCUCCGUGAAGGCAGAUCCCGAGGGAGGUCGCGGCCUGCGUACUCGGGUCGCCGCCGCUGACCCCCUCAGGCCUCGGAGCCCCUGCAGCUUUGCUCACAACUUCUCUUCCUCCACGCCGGGUCACCGGGAGACCGAGCCCCCGAGCCCCCCGGGGAUGGCAUGGGGAGUGGCAUCAGAGGUGACAGGAGCGAGGCUGGCCUGGCGUCUGAUAGGGGGUGCUGCCUGCCUCGGGGACGCGGCCGCACGGCUGUGUGACUAUGUCUGUGAUCUUCUUUUGGAAGAGUCAAAUGUUCAGCCAGUAUCAACACCAGUAACAGUGUGUGGGGACAUACAUGGACAGUUUUAUGAUCUUUGUGAAUUAUUCAGAACUGGAGGUCAGGUUCCUGACACAAACUACAUAUUUAUGGGUGAUUUUGUAGACAGAGGUUACUAUAGUUUGGAGACCUUCACUUACCUUCUUGCACUAAAGGCUAAAUGGCCCGAUCGUAUUACACUUUUAAGAGGAAAUCAUGAGAGUAGACAGAUAACACAGGUGUAUGGAUUUUAUGAUGAGUGCCAAACCAAAUAUGGAAAUGCUAAUGCCUGGAGAUAUUGUACCAAAGUUUUUGACAUGCUCACAGUAGCAGCUUUAAUAGAUGAGCAGAUUUUGUGUGUUCAUGGCGGCUUAUCUCCUGAUAUCAAAACACUGGAUCAAAUUCGAACCAUUGAACGGAAUCAGGAAAUUCCUCACAAAGGAGCUUUCUGUGACCUGGUGUGGUCAGAUCCUGAAGAUGUAGAUACUUGGGCAAUCAGUCCCCGAGGAGCAGGUUGGCUCUUUGGAGCAAAAGUCACAAAUGAGUUUGUUCAUAUCAACAAUCUAAAACUCAUCUGCAGAGCACAUCAGCUUGUGCACGAAGGCUAUAAGUUUAUGUUUGACGAGAAGCUGGUCACAGUGUGGUCUGCUCCUAACUACUGCUACCGCUGUGGAAAUAUUGCUUCCAUCAUGGUCUUCAAAGAUGUCAACACAAGAGAACCAAAGCUAUUUCGGGCAGUUCCAGAUUCAGAACGUGUUAUCCCUCCCAGAACGACGACGCCGUAUUUCCUUUGAGGCCUUUGCCAUCCUGCUGGCCCGAUUUUGCCCUCUUACUACCCCAACUUUCUUGUAUUACCCUCUACAAUAUACUUUUUAUUGAGCACUUUGCUGCUGAAAUGCUGCCUCUUGCCUUUUUUUUUUAAUUAUCUAAAUUUAUUGUUUGUUAUGGUGUCUAUAGCAAUGUUUUUCUAUCAAUUUUGUCACCCAUCCCAUCCCCACCUUGGACUCGUUUGAGAAGACUUAAGAAAUGUCUUAAUACUCACAUUGCUGCAUGUAGCUCUUGCUCAUUUACUGUUCCGGGGAGACAGGAUGUGUUUCCUUUUUUAAAAAAGCCAAUUCAAAAUUACACUGAAAUAUUUCUCCUUUUGUAUCAUUCAGCCUUCUGUUUUAGUUUGGUAAGUUUUAAGAAAUUUCAGCAGCAAAGUUGUUAUUCAGCGGGCACGAUGGACUGCAGAUGCCUGAGUUAUGUACACUUGUCCCAGCUGUGAACUUCAUUGUCCUUUGUUGGAUGAUAUUUUAAAAGGAUAUAAAAUAAAUUGGUCUAAAGGGCUGCCCUCCUUGUUGUGUUUUUAAAUUUUAGUUAAAAUCUGCUACAGCUUAUGACUUUGUACAUUAAGAUAAUUGUAUUGAUCUUUUUUCAGAUUUCUUGUAUUUUAUAAUAAUCUUAAAACCCAGAUAGGUUACGUGUUAGAAAUUUUAAACAGCUUACCUUGUUAGCUGAAAGUCACUCUUUUUUUUCCUUUAUUUUGUUUUAAAUUUUUUUUUCCUUAGGGUGCUUGACCCUUUGGUUAUUGAUCUAAAACUUCAAUUGAAAUUCAGUAGUAUUUAUUUUUUAAAAAAUCACUAAACUGUGCCUAAAGAACAUAACUGCCAUAUUAAUGUUUUGAUUUAUAUCCUCUAUAGUAAUGGAAAAACAUUUAAUACUUGUAGUGCUGAUACAUUGAUUUAUACCAUUUGAGUAGAAUGUGAUCGAUGGAGUUUACACUCUGUCAUGAGUAGCAUUAAGUAAACGUGAACUUUCCAACAGGAAGCAUUCUUCUCUUGCUGUAACACCUGACCUUAACUUUUAAAAGUGUUCAGUUUUUAACUGCAAUUUUAGAGGUUGAAAAAUCAGGACCCUUGUAUUGAACUAUAAUCUGAAGCAGAUUAUUUAAAGUGUGGAAUGAAACAGAAUGUCCUCUUUUGUCAAGUUCUGUGAUACCAUAUUUCAACUUUGUGCACGUAAUUUGAGUAUCCAAAGGUUGUGAUGAUCACUUCCUGAAAUGUAAUUGUCCACUUAAUAAGGACAAAUACUGUGCUAUCUCUUGCAAUUGUGAUCAUAGGUGAUGUUGGGAUGUACCAUUUUGUGAUGUUGUUGGUAACCCUUUACUACUAUAAUUUUUUGUCAUCCUAGGAAAUCUUUGUGAAGCCAGCCAGUUAAUAAAAGCACUUUAGUAUCUGUUCAGGUAGUUUUAAAAACCAACUUUCCCCUUCAGGAUAAGACCUUCCAGGUUACCUAAAAAUGCAAUAAAAAUCUUAAUAGUCUAAGCUUCUUGGCAAAUAAUUUUUCAUCAGGGUUUCUUUUACUGAAUGAGCACAAUACUGUUUUGAUUUUGUUUCCCCUAUCACCCAGCUCCUUGUACAGUUUUUAAUUGUAUAGCUCUAUGAAAGAAAUGGUUGAGACAUUUGCUGCAUGCACUUGAACUAAUGGUGGGUCAGUAGCUUUGUACUGCCCUAAACCCAGUGGAAUUCAGGUGGAAAGGUAUUUUUAUCUCACAGGAAUGUGUAGCUAUGUAUUUUACUAAUUGUAAAACACUGGAAUUAAUGAUGCAGACAAUUGGUUGGUGUGGUUUUUGAAUAGAUCUCGACAGUAUUUUUUUUUUUUUUGCUGUUACCAUAAAUUGUAUUUAAGUGCUUGCCCUCCAUUACUUUAAAAUUGUACCAACAAAAUCAGUAACCCCAGACCCCCUUUCCAUUUAACACUCCUUCGCUUAGAUUGAUAUAGUUGUUUUCGUUCUCCCUGUUAAUGUGACUUCCACUUAAAUCAUGGUGUAUUGCAUUUGUUUGUCACUAGCUGGGCAUGUGCCAAUAAUAUUCUGUCUAUUCCUCAACUGCCAUGUCUGUUUUGCCUGACUUUUCUUCAACCGAAUAAUGGCAUUUUUGCAUGGGAAAAAUAGUUUUUACUCUUCGACAUGUGAAGGGAAGAGAGAGUGAAUGUAUUGAACUUUGUAAGCCUGAAAAAGACUAUUUGGAUUCCUCUCAUAAAUAAGGGCUAUGUAUUAUAUAGAGUAAUCGUGUGGUGGGAGAUACUUGCAAGUCAGAGCUUUGUAGGCAAGGGAAUCUGUCACUCCCUGUAUCUAGGCUGAAUGUAAAAUCCCUUAUGUUGUAUUAAUGGGGCUAAGAACUAUUUUUAUUUGCCUAUGAUAUACUUGGUUUCUAAUAAAGUGUCCUAGGCUCUAGUAA